AGCAGUCCACGGUUCUUUACAAUGGACCCGGACGCUGUACCAUCAGAGUCCACAAACGAAACCAAAACCUAAACCCCCAAAACCCCACAGAGCCAAAAAAACCAACUAUUAUCACGGAACAAAUGAGACCCCUCUCAGAUCCACGUUGGUAAUUUCCCCUCUGUUCCAAUCUCCUUUCUCUCUGUAACCUAUAAUCUGAGCCUUCAUUCUUGCUCAACAGUCUCCACCAAUCCACAAAUAGCUAUCAAUGUGUAAACAACCAUAUAUGAUUCAUUUUGGUGUUUAGGGUUCUGGGUUUUUGUUUUGGCACAUGGGUGGUGAAGCUUUUCUCAGAAUCUUGAUUUUGAUGGAUGGGUAUGUUUCAAUUUGAGGAAACACCUAAAACAUGCUCUCUCUGCGAACCAGUCGCAGAUUUUGUCAUGUGGCAGCUAAGGUAGUAGCUAUGAAUGAUUGUGCUGCUGCUGUGCCCAAUUUGGUUUGCAAUACAAAGGCCUUGAAAGAACCUGCCCUGGUUAAGCUUAAAGCAGAGAGGGACCCCGAGAAGCUAUUCCAGCUAUUUAAGGCCAAUGCCCACAAUCGGCUUGUCAUUGAGAAUCGGUUUGCAUUUGAAGACACGGUGGCUCGGUUAGCUGGAGCUCGCCGGUUUGAUUACAUUGAGCAUUUGCUUGAGCAUCAGAAGACUCUUCCUCAAGGUCGGCGAGAAGGGUUCAUUAUGAGGAUUAUAACAUUGUAUGGUAAGGCUGGGAUGACUAAGCAUGCUAUUGAUACUUUUUGUGAUAUGCAUUUAUAUGGUUGUUCUAGGACUGUUAAGUCAUACAAUGCUACACUCAAGGUUUUGACUCAAACUCGUGAUUUAAGAGCAAUUGAGGCAUUUGUGAGUGAUAUUCCACAGCAAUUUGACAUUCAGUUGGACAUAUAUUCAGUUAAUAUUGUUAUCAAGGCUUUUUGUGAAAUGGGGAUUUUGACGAAAGCAUAUGUGAUCAUGGUAGAGAUGGAAAAGUUGGGAAUAAGACCGGAUGUCAUUACGUAUACAACUCUGAUAUCAGCAUUUUAUAAACAUAGGCGGUGGGAGAUUGCUAAUGGGUUAUGGAAUCUUAUGGUCCUGAAGAGGUGUUUACCUAAUCUUGCAACUUUCAAUGUUCGAAUCCAAUUUUUGGUUAAUACAAAGCGAGCUUGGGAAGCUAAUAGAGUUUUGAAGAUGAUGCAGAACAUUGGGAUAGCACCUGAUGAAGUUACAUUUAAUUUGGUGAUCAAAGGGUUUUGCCAGGCUGGGAAACUUGAAAUGGCAAAAAGGGUAUAUUCUGCUCUACAUGACAAGGGAUACACGCCCAAUGUUAAAAUUUAUCAGACCAUGAUUCAUUAUCUUUGUAGAGAAAGGGAUUUCGAUCUGGCAUAUACAUUGUGUAGAGAUUCCAUGCUGAAAAAUUGGUAUCCAAAUGUGGAUACCAUUCAUACAUUGCUAAAAGGCCUGCGGAUGAAAAGUCAGCUUGGCAAGGCUAAGGCUAUCAUGACAUUGGUUCGUAGAAGGGUGCCUCCAUUUCCUUCAAAACAGUUGAGUUCUUUGCAAUCCAUACUAACCAAGAGUUGAAUGAAGAUAAGACGAGGGACUGAAAAGUGGUUGAUUGUAUAACUGGUCAGCUCAACAAGAGCUGGUACUCUAUUUUACUCAACUCUGUAAAUUUGCAGAACUAAUUGGACUCAAAUUUUUUAAUCAUACGAAAGGGACACUCCCAUAAUCUUCAAUAUUUUGUUGUAUUGCUGCCUCAAUAAAGUUCAUGAUAUAAUGGAGUUUCAAAAUUUUGCUCAUAGAAAAAGAAAUGGAGUUCUGAAUGGACAUGGGAGCUCAAUUUGCUCUUUAGUGGUGAAGAACAGAAUGGUCAGGAAACAAUAGCAAAGUCACCCCAAUAAGAUACCACACAAAGCAUAUAUUGGAACUGUAGCAAGCUGAGGAGUCGCUUCGUAUACCUGAUUUGGUGCCAUUCAAAAAAGGAAAUGAAAAUUUGAAAGUCUGAAGAAGCUGAGUUGCCUUACAUCGCUUAUAUGCUGCACAUUAAAUCACAGAUCUUUCUUCAGCUCUCUAUAUUCAGUGACAGAGGAGAUUCAGUCAUCGCUGCAGAUUCGGUCAUAUGCCAGAACAGAUUGCAACUGGCGGCUUGUCUUCUUUUGUUAUUAUGCUGGCAUUGACUCCCAAUGUUCGGUAGCUGUUUAUCUACGAUAGCAUUCAUAUUGUAUGCUUUCCCAUGUAGGCGGGCUGCACCCCCCUUUCUUUAGUUACCCCCAAUUGUAAAUUUUACUUCUUGGCCGAAGGAAAUUCUCCCUCAUUCCAACUUGUUUACAAGAAGUAGAAAUGAAUCGUUUUCUUCUUCGAAAUCAUCGACUCUGUUAUCUAGACUUUUGAAUUGCAUCGAGUGCUCUUCCUUUUCCUGUAACAGCACCCAACUGAAAUUGAAUAUGUAUGGAUCCCUUCUUAUGUGCUUUUGUUCAAGAGAGAGUUACACUUUUGUUCUUGCAAUAA